AUGGGAUUCUUAAUACUCACGUUAGUAUGUAUCCUGGCGGUUAACUGUAAUAUUAUAAAAGAGGCGAAACAAAAUGUGAGACAAUUUCCAGAUGGCUUCAUUUUCGGCGCAGCGACGGCAUCAUAUCAAAUCGAAGGUGGUUGGGACGCAGACGGAAAAACUGAAAACAUUUGGGAUCAUAUGACACAUAAAGAUCCCUGUUUAAUAGUAGACUGCUCCAAUGGGGAUGUAGCUGACGAUUCUUACAAUUUAUAUAAACGAGAUGUAGAAAUGAUGCGAGAGUUGGGAUUGCAAUUCUACAGAUUUUCGUUGUCUUGGAACAGAAUAUUACCAACCAGUUUUCCUGAUAAGCCAAACGCAGCAGGAAUACAGUAUUAUAAUAAUUUAAUAAACGAAAUGUUGAAAUACAACAUUGAACCUAUGAUUACACUUUAUCAUUGGGAUUUACCUCAAAGACUACAAGAGUUAGGUGGAUGGACAAAUCCUCAUAUCGUUGACUGGUUUGCUGACUUUGCGAGAGUUGCUUUUGAAAAUUUUGGAGAUAGAGUAAAAUAUUGGAUUACUAUAAACGAGCCACGCGAAGUCUGCUUUCAAGGAUAUGGUGAUGUUACAAAAGCUCCGAGACUUAAUAUGAAAGGCAUUGCUGAGUACAUGUGUGCAAAGAAUUUGCUUGUAGCUCAUGCCAAAGCUUAUCACAUUUAUGACAAGGAGUUUAGAGGAAAAUGGGGCGGAACAAUAGGGAUCACACUGAGCAUGAAUUGGUAUGAGCCUGAGACUGAAGAGGACAACGUAUCUGCUGAGGAAAUGCGACAAUUUGAGGUAGAUGUUCCAUUUUUAAAAGACUUCAAGAGAGGAGGUAGUGCUCAAUUCGACUGUAAAUUCAUCGAUUUCUUCGAUAAUUGUGUAGCAAUUUCUAUAAAACUAACUGAUACCCCGCGACUUCGCCACCUAAAUUAUAGCUGGGGCCAAUAUGCUCAUCCCAUAUUCACAGAAAGCGGUGAUUUUCCGCCUAUCAUGAAAGAAAAAAUUGCUGCUAAGAGCGAAGCGCAAGGAUUUUAUAGGUCUCGAUUACCAGAAUUCACUUCUGAAGAAUUGGAACUUGUACGAGGGUCGUCUGAUUUUUUGGGUUUAAACCAUUAUACGACUAAUAUGAUAAAAGUAGAUGACAGUGUUACUUACGAUGUUCCAUCAUACUGGGAUGACAUCGGAGCUACGAGAUACCAACCUGAAGAGUGGGAUGGAGCAGCGUCGACCUGGUUGAAGGUUGUACCUUGGGGAUUCCACAAACUUCUGAACAGGUUAAGGGAACUUUACGGCAAUCCUCCUAUUAUGGUUACUGAGAAUGGCUUCUCGUCAUUUGGAGGCUUGGAGGAUGAUGAUCGAGUGUCUUAUUAUAGAUUGUAUUUAGAUGCAAUGCUGGAUGCUAUGGACGACGGUUGUAACGUUGUCGGAUAUGCUGCUUGGAGUCUUAUGGAUAAUUUUGAGUGGAUGCGAGGCUACACUGAGCGUUUCGGUCUGUAUGAAGUCGACUAUACGAGUCCAAAUCGUACGCGCACACCUCGUAAAUCCGCAUUCGUAUACAAGGAGAUAGUGCGCACGCGAACCCUAGACACCAGCUACGAACCCGACACUAACCUCAUGACCAUCGAUGAAGGGCACUAGGAAAAUCUCGUUAUUAGGUAUAUCCGAAAAAUAAAUAUUCAAAUUUAUUAUGACUUACGGUUGAUUUGUUUUAUUUUUUGCCAACAUUUGUGUACAAUAUUCCUUAUUUAUUUAUUUACUAUUAUUAUCUAAUUGCCACAAAUUUUUAAAGGCACAAAUAUGUUCAACUACAAUUUAAUUUAUAAUAACUGAAGGAUUAUUAGCCAGUUUCUGAUCAUCCAUCAGUCUAAUAAAGGAAAGUAACCAAAUAUGGAAAAGUAUUCCUAAUAGGUACUGAAAUUUUAAAAUUAUUAUUUAUAAUACAAAUACAAACUUUGGAACAAAUCAAGCGAAUCCUUGAGAAGAGAAGAGAGAACACGAGAGGAUCAAUAAGAUUUCCUCGUAUGUGUAUAAUAUUUUCGUAUAAAAUACACUGCUUACCUAAAUAAUGGUC